AUGUCAGAGCACGCUUUGCUGAAAAAGUAGAGCAAAGCGGAGUUGGUGGAGGAAGUGCUCCUCUACUUGGAGGUUCCUCGACGAGUCGUGGCGCUGAUGGAGCGGCUGUUGGGAACAGUGUUGCAGGUGGAGGUGUUGGUGUAACUGGUGUUAAGGCUGUACCGAAUACAUCUUUGGACAUCACAUCCUUGAUGAAAUGUAUGGACGAGGAGUAUCCACCUGAGGGAAAAGGGCUCCCCCAUACAUUCCAAGGAUGCACUUGGAAGAUGAAUUGCGGACAGCUCUAAUGGUGGACAAUUUUUUGGUGCUGGAGGUACUAGGGGAGCAGCGGGAGCAGUAGGUGGCUCGUCUGGAGCACUAGGAGGUUCGUCUGGAGCAGUGGGUGGCUCGUCUGCCGUUGUCGGUUCGGUCGUAGAGAAUCAUUCUGCUUCUUAUCUUAGUGCGGCCGCGUCUGGUUCCACCGCAAGUGCAGGCUACGAACAGCAUACUACUAACUAUGGUCCUCGUGUUCCAUCUACUACCACUGCGACGAUGGCACCAGGACAAGGAGCAGUAUCAAGUUCUGCGGGAGUACCUCCAAGUAUGAUGCCGUCUGAUGCUGGUACAAGUAUGCAUGCUGGUGCGUACGGAGGAGGUCAGGGGGUCGUGAUGACUAAUGGCGCAUCUGCAUUGCACCACCAGUAUCCGACACAACAGCAGUCCACCUUGCCACCAUACUACUCUCUGCAACCGGGAAGUAGCGCAUCUCUGUCCGACGUCUAUGCUGGAGGUAGUUUGACGCAGAACGAUUUGGACCCGCGAACGAUGAUGGGGUGGCACCGGAGAGAGGAAUGA